AUGACGGGAGCUCUCGGAGGUAGUUUGAUUGAGGCGAUUAUUCCGGCUGCACUGUACAUCAAGUAUGUGAAGGAAAUCCGAGAUGUGGAUGCCCCUUGGAAGACGAUUGGAGGAUGGCUGGUGAUUAUUUUGGGAGCUGUGAUUGCUGUUUUGGGUACUUAUGAGAGUCUAACACAAUACUUUUGUUUUUUUGAAUACAUUUGCUCCCUAUCAAACAAAAGGAUACUAACGAAAUGUAGGAGCCGGGUUUUCUCUUAUCUUCGGAUCUUUCUAGGUUCGGUUCUUGUCGCUGCAUCAUUCAUCUAUUUUGUUUAUCGCGAGUGUUCUCUUGGAUUCCGUCUCUCGCCGAAUUAUGAAAUUGUAAAGAGUGCCUAUAUCUUGCCAACGGAUCGAAAAGUGAUUAAGGCUCUCAACCGAGACGUUGUGAUGCUUCACACAGAAAGACUCACAUCCCAUCCAUCAUACGCGAUUGUGGAUACUAAUUUUGGUCUUCGUUUUGGAACGCGUCUCCGACUCCAUCGGAUCGUUGAAUACUGUCAAUGGAGAGAGUACAUUCCUGCAAAUCAUUCCGAACCGCAGUAUUUCAAGGAGUGGUCCUCUGAACGAAUCGAUUCUUCCAAAUUCGCCGUCCCCGAAGGCCAUGAAAAUGAUGAUCGCAAUCCCAUCCCCGAGGAAACCCUGCAUCCCAAAUAUUUGCAAUCCCACGCGUUCUCCAUCCAUUUCGAGUUCCUUCGCGACGUCCCGAUCCCCUUCGAGCGCUUCAUCAUGAAGCCCGAAGACCUCAAGGAUUUGCCGCCUCAGACGAAGCAGCAGGGCUUCUACUUCUACUCCCCGCACUGGAUCUACAGCAAGCGCAGCCUCGCGGCCCCGGGCGAGCCGUUCAAGCGCGAUUCGCUGACCUGGAUCCCCGACGACGCGGAAUUCGAUUUCGAAUCGGCCUGUUUUCGCUUGAUUGGACGCUGACGCGCAGGCGAGCCGGGCGAUCUCCGCGUGGCCUUCGAGUUCCAGCGCGUGCCGCUGCAGAUGACGCUGGUGGGCGUGCAGAACGACGCGAUGCUGCUGCCGGUGCGGCGCGCGGGCGCGUGGCUGCCGCUGGCGGCGGAGGGAAACCAGACCGCGGAGAGCAUGCUGGACGGGUUCGCGGGCGAGGAGGGAAAGGAGCUGCGGUACGUGCGGGCGGCGGCGUGCGGAGGAUGUUUUGUGGGGCUGUGGCUGCUGGGGGCAGCGAUGGGCCCGUUCCGAGUGGAAACAGGGAAGCGAGGUGAGGCGUAGUAUCUGCCGGGAGCGGUGCGGUGCUUCGUGGUGGCGUUGCUGGGGUUCUAUAUGGCGUGCUUGGGGAUCUGGGGGUGGAUGUAUGGAUGGGAUAACAAGUUCGUGUAUUCGACGGGGAUGUGGUUUGCAUCGCAUCUGCUUCUGGCGGUGCUGAUGAAUGUGAUGUUCUAUAUGAUCCGGCUGUAUCGGUUUGCGUUGAAGAGCAAGGAGGAGGAGGAGAAGAAGAAGAAAAAGGAGGAAUAAAUUAU